UAAGAAGCGUUCCAUUCCCACAUUUCCCAUUUUUCUAUUUUUCGUCCAAUUUAUGCAUGAAAAUGGCAAAUAUGGGGAUUGGAGUGGGUGGUGUUUGCCAAAUGGCCAUCUCUUUCUCCUUUUUUAAUCUUUCAGAGUAUUGAAAACUUCUCUCUUCUACUUGACGCCGCCUCAUUCUCUCUCACUCCUCCUCUCCUCUCCAUUCCUCAUUCCUCAAUUCCUCUCUCACCUCACCAAGACCAACAACACUUAUUAACACACACUGUCACUCCCCUUGCACUCCCGAUUGCCUUUAAUUUCCCCAAAACACCCUCUUUCUCUUCUCCAAUUCUCUGUCCAACACACUCUGUAUAUGCCUCUGUUUUCUCUCUCACUCCGAUUCUCUACUGCCACCCUCAUUGCCCUUUUUUUUUCACUUCUCCCCCGAUCAUCUGGGUUUUCUCACAUUUGAUCAGCUAAAACCCACAUUCGAUCAGCUAUCGAAUUCGGGUAUUCGGGGUUUAUCUUGGGAAUUUGCUUGCCAGCUAGUGCUUGCUCUGUCUGGCAGAGUGAAUUUGUUAAACGGACUGCGAAUACGACAUGGAAGAAGGAAGAACUGAACUAGAGUUUGAUGAAUUUGAAAAGCUUCUGGGCGAGAUACCAAAUGCUACUUCUGGGAACACACAUUCUGAGGAAUCUGGAACAAAGAAUGCGUCAUUGUCUCCUAUCUGUGUGAACUCCUGCAAGGGGCCAUUGAGUGACAAACUCCAUAACAAUGGGAGGUUGGAUGAGGGGAAGAACUCGGCAAAGAAAAUUCAGAAAUCACCUGUGAAAAGGGUUCAACGAGAGGUAACAAAUCUGCCCGAUGAUCAAUCCUUAACGUCUGCACUCGCAGGACUGAGCUUCAAUGGCGCAGUGAAUAUGGAAGCUGGGAGUCAUGUCGAAAAUUGUAAAUCCUUGCAGAACUACUUUUCAAUGGAUGGACAAAUCCCAAACAGCUUAAAGAUGCAGGUUUCGAGCAUGGAUACGCCGGUCAUGGUUGUUCCCUCUUUCCAAGCACCAAAUAAGAUACCUUGUGGAUUUUAUGAGUUUGAUGUGACAAACUCAGGCCAAGAAAGUUCAAACAUGUCAAAGUUCAAUUCUGAAGAGCUUAAGAAACCGCAGGCUGCCUAUUCACAACCUAUUGAAAAUUUAUCUCCUGGUGUUCCUCUAGCUCAUGCUGUGGAAGGUUUUCAGUUCCUCUCUAAUGUGCCUGCUCCUGGUCUGCAGUUUCCUGUAACUUCUGAUCAUCAGCAGCAAUUCUUUCUUGAUGCACAAUCUAAUAUUCCUUACCUACAUUCGCAACAGUUAAACCAGAAUCAAAUUAGCUGGAGAAACAUGGAAGAGGAGCAAUACCAUAGGAUGCAGCAGCAAUAUGUAUACUUGCAGCAGCUUCAUGAUCAGCGGUUGGAAGCUCAGCAUCUGGUUCAAGGGAAUGGGAAUAUCGCAAGCAGGCUCACGCGUCCAAACCCGAGGCACCCCCAUUUUGAGGUGCCAAUCUCUCAUCGGCUUGAACAAUCUAAUCAAGAACGAAUCUGGAACAAUUAUGUGGUUCCCAGGGGUCCACACGAAUCGAAUCCUGCUCUUUCGUACACAGAUUUUAACGAGGUUCAAUUUCUUGACAAGGUGGGAAAGCAGAGUUUUCCUAAGAAGAUUCUAACAAGAUCACAGGGAAUGAACACACUAAAAGCUGUGAGGUUUGGUUCUGUUGGAACAGAUGAAUCACUUACUCAUAUUAGCCAGAAUGGCAAAGUUGUCUCGAAUGGUCAUUUCCGGCAUGCCUUAUCUACUCGAAAUACCGGAUGCUUUCAAUUGGAUAGUUUGAACACAUGGGGUAUGUUCCCUAGUUUAAUGCAUCUUAAGAAUACAGAUAUGAAGGUGCUACCUCAGAAAUAUACUGAUCUGAAGACAUUGCCUCAGAAAUAUAACUCCAUGGAUGAAAUUACUGGAAGAAUUUAUCUAAUGGCUAAGGACCAGCAUGGUUGCCGCUUCUUACAAAGAAAGUUUUCUGAAGGCACCCCAAAAGAUGUCGAAAAUAUUUUCUUUGAGAUCAUUGAUCACAUUGUUGAGCUCAUGACAGACCCUUUUGGGAAUUACCUCAUCCAGAAGCUGCUUGAAGUGUGUGAUGAGGAUCAGCAAAUGCAAAUUCUUCAUUCAAUCACUAAAAAACCAGGGGAACUUGUUAGGAUUUCAUGUGAUAUGCAUGGGACUCGAGCUGUUCAAAAGGUCAUUGAAACCCUCAAAACUCCAGAGCAGUUUUCCAUGGUUGUUUCAUCGCUAAAGCCAGGGAUAGUGAUGUUGAUAAAGAACACAAAUGGAAAUCAUGUUGCACAGCGCUGCUUACAGUAUUUAACACGUGAAUAUCGUGAGUUUCUUUUCGUAGCUGCAACUACUAACUGUGUAGAGCUUGCAACUGACCGCCAUGGUUGUUGUGUGCUACAAAAAUGCCUUAGCCAUUCGGAUGCUGAACAAAGAAACCGAUUAAUCUGCGAGAUUACUUCAAAUGCACUAAUCCUUUCUCAAGAUCCAUUUGGGAACUAUGUUGUGCAAUUUGUCUUUGAACUUCAGCUUCCGUGGGCAACUUUAGAUAUUCUUGACCAGUUGGAAGGUAAUUAUGGGGAUUUGUCUGUGCAGAAGUAUAGCAGUAAUGUGGUUGAGAAAAGCCUGAAAUAUGCAUGUGAAGAGUGGCGAAUACGCAUUAUCCAGGAGCUGAUAGAAAAUCCGCGCUUGGAUCAAGUCAUGCAAGACCCUUAUGGAAAUUAUGUUGUCCAAGCAGCGCUUAGUCAGUCAAAGGGAAUCCUUCAUUCUAAGUUGGUGGAUGCAAUAAAACCUCACAUGCCUGUUCUUCGGACCAGUCCUUAUGGGAAGAAAAUCCUCUCUAGCAACAUUUUGAAGAAAUAAACUAUUGGUUUUAAUUCGUUCAGAGAGUUCCUGUAAAUCUGCAAUAAGCAGGUUUUGACAAUGUCAGGGCAAAUCUCGCAGCAUGUCACCAGAUCGAUAUGCUUGUAGAUUAGCAGAUUCGUUUUUGUCCCGUUUGUUUUUGCGUAGGAAUAAAAGGGAAUAUGUGAAGAUGAAGAUGUAGACCUGUUUGAGCUAUGGGGAAACUGUACCAUGGUUGGAAGUGGAAGAUGGAGCAAUGUGUAUCUUACACCUAUAGAUUAUUACUGCCAACGUGCUUCAUCUGUGUUUUUGUUGUUUAUUAGUAUUCGUUCAGAAACACCGUGUUAUUGUUUAGUAUUUAAUAAGAAAAUUGUUAAUGGUACUAUAAAAGUUUUAUUUUACA